AAUCCAAAUUAUCCAAUUCCAAUAUCAAAAGAAGAAGUAAGAAAAAAAUGGACUACGGAUAAUCAAAAAAUAUUUCUUGCAACAUAUUUAUGUAACGGAAAAGAUUUUACUAGUAUUGCACAAAAAACCGGCAAGAAAUCAUCGGAAGUAGUAGAAUAUUAUUAUAUGUUUAAACAUGAUAAAGAUUUUAGAGCAGCUAAAGAAAUGAUAAGAGAAAAUCAUGCUUAUGAAGAAUAUCUUGGAUCAAUUGAAGCAGAAAUGAAAGCAAUUGAAAAAAUGGCUCAAUCUUAUGCGCCAAAAUUUGCUG